AUGAUAUUCUUCAUGCAGGUUUAUCAGUCUUCAGCUUGUGAAGCACCCGUUGGUCAUUUUUGUCAUUCUGGUAGAAUUUAUCAAUGUGGCAAAGGAACAUAUCAAAAUCGAAGAGGAAAAAUAUCAUGCAAAACUUGCCCACUUUGUACAUUUUGUCUCUCAACUGGACCUGUAAUACCCAACAAGGAAAUUUAUGGAGCACCACGACACCUCGUGAAAAUUCGCUUUGCUGCAAUUAAGUCAAAUGAAGCCUACACGAAGAGUAAACAUAGUUAUGAUUCACAAUUAUUUGAAAACGGUAGGAUGAAAGGUUUUGUCGAAAACACCCGGGAAGUGAUUGUUGUAUCAUUUCAGGGUUCUGACGGCCCUCUGGACUGGUUUAGGAAUCUCAAGUUCUUCAAACAAAGAUAUUCGAGCUGCCAAAGAUGCAAAAUACACACUGGAUUCUUUGAGGCUUAUAGCCCGCUGAGAGACGAAAUGCUUAAAAAAGUCAACAAUUUUUAUCAAGAACAUCCCAAGAAAGUUUUAGUGACAGGUUAUUCACUUGGAGGAGCGAUGGCGACUUUGGCAGCAGUUGAUUUGGUCAAUGCUAGAUAUACUGUCGAUUUAAUAACCUUUGGCUCAUCUAGGGUUGGUAACGAAGAAUUUGCAAAGUAUGUCGACAGAAUUGUGACGGGAUUGAAUCUUAGAGUAACGUAUAGGGGCGACUCUAAUACGAUCUUUCCUUUUACUGGAUAUUGGCAUGUUGGGCAAGAAAUUCAUUGCAUUGGUCGUAAUAAAUGCCAUGUAUACCCAGCAGAGGUAGAUUUGUGCCAUCUAAGAGCAAACAUUUUCGAUCAUUAUAUGAAAAAUUAUCUCCAAAUAUAA